GCGGCGAAGCGGUGCGCAUGCGCGCAGCGGACGUCCGCCGUGCGGCCUCCGCUCUCCGCUGUGUGAGAGUGUCGGAGUGUGAGUGUUCAGCCGCUCCUGUCGGGAAUGUGGCCUGGAUUUCAGUCUGUGUCUCAUCGUGCCUCCGCGUUGCGAGGCCGGCUGGUUCAGCGGCUCUAGGUCUGCUCCGCGCAAGGUGUGCUUCCACGGCACCGCACCAGGAUGGCUACUGAGAAUGUCAGCUUGAUGUUUAAAUUGUACUGCUUGACUGUAAUGACAGUUGUAGCUGCCACAUACAUAAUAGCAUUGCGGUACACAAGAACAGUCUUAACUGAGAUGUACUUUGCAACCACUGCUGUUUGCAUCACUGAAGUCCUCAAAUUAAUCUUGAGCUUAGGUAUGUUAGCAAGGGACAUGGGCAGUUUGAGUGGGGUGCUGGCAGCAUUGCGUGACCACACAGUAAGGAGUCCCAAAGAAAUGCUGAAGCUCAGUGUUCCAUCUCUAGUCUACGCUGUUCAAAAUAAUAUGGCCUUCGUGGCGCUUAGUAACUUGGAUGCAGCAGUGUAUCAGGUGACAUAUCAACUAAAGAUUCCCUGCACAGCAUUAUGUACAGUCUUUAUGCUGAAUCGUUCUCUUAGCAAACUGCAAUGGGUUUCUGUAUUUAUGCUUUGUGCAGGGGUAACAUUGGUCCAGUGGAAGCCUAUGGAAACUACAAAGGUGCAGGUUGUACAGAAUCCAGUUUUGGGAUUUGUUGCCAUAGCAGUUGCAGUAUUGUGUUCUGGAUUUGCUGGAGUUUAUUUUGAGAAGGUUUUGAAAGCCUCUGACACCUCGCUGUGGAUCCGUAACAUACAGAUGUAUAUCUCUGGCAUUGUAGUCACUGCUUGUGGAGUCUACUUGAAUGAUGGUGCCCAAGUGCUGGAGAAGGGCUUUUUCUUUGGAUACACCCACUGGGUUUGGAUUGUUAUAUUAUUAGCCAGUCUUGGAGGAUUGUAUACUUCUGUUGUUGUGAAAUACACCGAUAACAUCAUGAAGGGAUUUUCAGCAGCAGCAGCAAUUGUAAUUUCCACGGCAGCAUCCGUGUUGCUGUUUGGUUUGCAGUUAACUCUCAACUUUAUAGCUGGAACCAUUCUUGUCUGUAUUUCCAUAUACUACUAUGGCUUGCCGAAGCAAGAUACCUUAGUGCCGGUUGAAGCAGAGAAGUCCAAACAGCAGCUAAUAAACGUGUGACCACUGAACACCUCAUUCAGCCGAGGGCAAGGAAGACCAGACUCCUCAACUAGGCUAUUGGGAGAAACCGCCAUUUAUAUAAAAUAACUUCCCUAAGGGUUAUUGACUCAUCGAUACAUUUUUACUGUACAUCCUGGCUAUCUCUGAAGAAAUGAUUUUGGAUCAGUGUGCCAAUAUAGGAACAUACAUAAUUUAUCAAACUAAAUGUGUGCAAUUUAAAAACAAAGAUUUUUUGCUAUAUUUGACUUGACAUUUCUAGCAGCAUUUAAGUUUUAUAAUGUGCUCUUAUUAUCCAUUUCAUAUUUUUUAGACUAUUUUUGAAAUCUGCAAUGGUGGUUUCCACGUUAUGUACAUUUUGAGCUGCUUCCCUUUGUGUUUGACAGCAGAUCAAACUGCUUGUUGAAUCAACAAAUUGAUUUUGGCUUUAAAGUUGUUCAAAACCAACUAUUGAAAUUUAAAUUACUUUUCAUUUCUCACAAAAAAAAUUUAAAUAACAUUCCAACCGAAAGUUAUUUAUACAGGCUAAAUCAACACUGCUGCUAGAUUAGAGGAUUAUUGUGAGAAUGACAACCUCUGGUCAUGUUAACACUGUGGUAACUUGCAAAUUUUCAUUGGUACACUAAGUAAAACAUGGGUUACUAACAGUCUAGAAAAUAAUAAUUGGUGUUGCACAUCGAUCUUUGGCUUUUGGUGAUAUUUGGAACUGAAACUUCUUUUGUGGUUGUGAAGGAAAUAAUUAUCAUCAACAAAGCCUCAUUUAUCCUGUCAGUUCUGUUCCACCUUUAUAUUGGAUUACAUUUUGUUGGGUCUCACCUUGGAAGUUGCCUUUAGGAAAAUUUGAAGUAAACCCAAAUAAGUCUCCAUUUUCAUGUACUUCUGAUUCUAGUUGAUUACAGGUAAGUUAUUCUACUGUACAUCCCAGGAGCCUUUUGUCCUUUCGCCUUGAAGCACUAGAAGUUUUAGUUUCAAGAAUCAACCCAAUACCUGUGUAAAUAAUGCAAUUACGGGAAAUGGGAUAGCAGUAGUGAUUUCUAAUGAAGUUAAAGGGUAAAUGAUUUAUUUUUUUAAAAACCAUCCUUGUAAAGAAAAACAUUGAAUUAGGGUUUUAGAUGAAAUGGUGCUUUCAUGUUUAAGAAAUCAUGUUGCUGCAAAAUGCGCUACUUUUGUGCUUCACUCAAGAAUCGCAUAGGGGUGUAAUUUGCAACUGAGUUUUUUUUUCCCAAUGAGAAUGUAUACGUUCUAUGUUUUUAUGGUUGAUUCCUGCAAAGAAGAAAUUGUUUUUGAUUGACAUGUACAGAAAGAACUCUUGGACUGGGAAAACAAGAAAUGAUCUUGUAUGCCCCAGAGAACAUGGUCAAAUAUCAUUUUAACCAUGGUUUCCACUUCAAGAUUUAAAACCAGUUAUGAGAGUUCAAGCAUGCUUUCUAUGAGCUUGCUACGUACAGAGUUACACUAAAUGAGCAGUUCUGCUUGUGUAUGAUGGAACUGCUUUUUAAGUUGGGACUAACAUGUUUAAAUAUAGGGUUGUGCCUUCAAAGCAAGAAAGGAUAAUGUCAGGGUAAAACAGUUAUCUUUGUAUUGCCCUGUAAUUAUGUACAGUUGAAAGUCCUCUCCUUCAGAAGAAUUUGUAAUUAAUGGUGUUUUCCUGAGUGGUGAAUUUGAAGGGUGAUUGCAAAUUUGUCUCCAUCACUCGCCCCUCCAGAGAAUUGCAUGUAUGCAAGUACUUCUACUGACUUCACAUUUCUAUUGUUCUUUAUAUGGAGCUUGGCACCAUGAACAUUAAAAACAACAGAAUUUCCCCUGUGAUGAGGCUAAAUGCUUGUUCUCUAUUUAAAUUCUCAUCAUCGAUUAUUACUGAGAAUAGAAAUUUGACCAGAAUCAUGAACACCCUGCCCUAAUAAUGCAUUCCUACCAUUUUGUUGAUAAGCUAAUUUAAAACAAGGAGUAUAUCCAAAUUUACAACCGGUACUUAAUGUUGAAGGAAAAUUUUAAUUUUGAUAUUUUAGGGUCUGAAGAGUAAAAUAUUUCUGAUUGUUAUACUUAGAGUCAUCAAGUCAGCGUCUUCUGGAUUAGUCUAAGUAAACAACUAUUUUAUACCAUUUAUAAUGUGGCAUGAAUUGACUUGUGAUUGUACACCUCCAUUUAAAGUAAACACUGUUACCAUAUAUCAUGCUUUCUCAUGCUCUUCAGGUUACUUUGGUAUUGCAGCCUUGUUCUCUGCAUUCUCUGACUAAAAUGGUCUAUUUGCCAUUUGCAUUCCUUUUCUCCUCCACUGCUAAUACUCGAUUUAAAUUUUAUUUAACACACAUAAAAGUUGCUGGUGAACGCAGCAGGCCAGGCAGCAUCUCUAGGAAUAGGUACAGUCGACGUUUCGGGCCGAGACCCUUGGUCAGGACUGAAUUUUAUUUUCUAAUUUCCUCUUAGAUUUGCCCUUCUAUGAUCUAAUUAAUGUAAUCAAUAGUAGUAGCAGCACAUGAAGGUAUAGUUAACAAUGAAGUAAUGAGUGUGUGUUUGGACCAAUGAUCCUUAUCUAUUUAGGAAGUUCCAAAUUUCUCUUCCUCCAUUAAACUAUGAAAUAUUUAAUUAAUAGAAUAUACACUUCGUGGACACUUUAUUAGGAACAAAAGUGGAAUCUGAUACUGAUUCUGCUGUGGUUCAUCCACUUAAGUGUCUGAUGUCUCUUCCGCAUGCUGUUGCUGUUACAGAUGGUAAUUUGAGUUACUGUUGCAGUCUGGCAAUUCUCCUCCACUCUCUCAUUAACAAGGCAUUUUCACCUACAGAACUGGACCCCCGCCCACCAUUCUCUGUAAAUGCUAGCGACUGUUAUGUAUGAAAAUCCCAGCCGAUCAGCACUUUCUGAAAUAUUCAGACCAUCCUGUCUGGCACCAACAAUCAUUCCACGGUCAAAGUCACUCAUAUCACAUUUCUUUCCCAUUCUAAUGUUUGAUCAGAACAACAAAUGAACCUCUUGACCAUGUGUGCAAGCUUUUAUGCAUUGAGUUGUUGCCAUAUGAUUGGCUGAUUAGAUAUUUGUAUUAAUACCUAAUAAAGUGGCCACUGAGUAUUGUUUAUUCAAACUUUCAGUGCCUUUGAGAGCACCAGACUCAUGCUGAGGAAAAUUCCUUACACAUGCUCAUUAAAUUGUAAUUUCUUGUGUACAGUCUCUACUGUAUGAAUAUUUGAGGCUUCAGGCAACUAUUUUAAACCAAGAUUUCGAAUGUAGUUUGAAACUAAAAGCAAAAUGGCCUCAGAAUCUAAGUACAGAUUCCAAGCACUGUGAUGUGUGUUCGUUAUCACUGGAAAAGGCAGUGAUAUUUAGCACUGCAAUUAAUUAUACAUUUUGUUUGUACUGUAUAUAAGUCAAGUAAAUCAAAUCAUAAUUUGUCAAUCAAAUUCAAUUGAUGUUAAGAUCUUGUGAAAAUCAUUGUGGGACAAGGUGAUCAUAUGGGCCCCUGGAAAGGACUUCCUGUGGUUCUUUUUGAAUGUCCAUUUGUUCUGAAUUUUGUGGAAAAUGAAUUUUGAGUAAUAUUGUACAGCUAACUAUGAUGUCCAGAAGAGAAAUGUAACUAAAACCUGCAUAAUUACCAAAUUAAAAAGU